AUGGGCAGAAGGAAUAUCACUCAUGUAUCUGACUUCAUCCUCAUGGGACUGACAGACUCUGUAGAGAUCCGGCUUAUCCUCUUCACCCUCUUUCUCCUGAUAUACCUGAUCACUGUGCUGGGGAAUGUGGUGAUGAUCCUGGUAAUCUGCCUGGACCCCCAGCUUCACACACCCAUGUACUUUUUCCUCAGUCACCUGUCAUUUCUUGACCUCAGUUACUCAAGUGUCAUCACCCCUAAAACCUUAGACAACUUAUUGACUUCUGUCAAAAAUAUUUCAUACCCGAACUGCUUCACUCAGAUGUAUUGCUUUGUCUUCUUGGGCGCCACCGAGUGUUUCCUUCUCUCCUCGAUGGCCUAUGAUCGCUGUGUAGCCAUUCGCAACCCUCUGCAUUACCCCGUCAUUAUGUCCACCAGGAGAUGCUGCUCUCUUGUCUUUGGAUCUUAUUUGUUUGGCUUUACAGAUUCCACUGUCAAUGUGCUUUGCAUGAACAAAUUGCAUUUCUGUGACUCCAAUGUAAUCUAUCACUUUUUCUGUGAUGUACCCCCAAUUUUAGCGCUGUCCUGCACUGACACACAUGAUAUUGAAAUCACAAUAUCCAUUUUUGCUGGCUCCACCCUCGUGGUGUCUCUUAUCACAAUAGCUGUGUCCUAUGCGUCCAUCCUGUCCACUAUCCUGAAAAUUACUUCCACUUCAGGGAAGCAGAAAGCCUUCUCUACCUGCGCCUCCCAUCUCCUGGGAGUCACCAUCUUCUACAGCACUAUGGUUUUCACUUACUUAAAACCAAGAAAGUCCUACUCCUUGGGAAAGGAUCAAGUGGCUUCUGUUUUUUAUACUAUUGUCAUCCCCAUGCUGAAUCCCCUCAUUUACAGUCUUAGAAACAAAGAAGUAAAAAAUGCUGUCAGUAGGGUCAUUCAGAAAAGAAAGGCUUCCAAGCAAUUAAAAUAA